AUGCUGGACAAAUCAAUUAGAGAAAUAGAUCGAGAGAGACAAGGUUUGCAGUCACAGGAGAAGAAACUGAUAUUGGAGAUAAAGAAAAGUGCCAAACAAGGCCAGAUGGGAGCUGUUAAAGUGAUGGCAAAAGAUCUUGUUAGAACAAAGCAUCAGAUUGAAAAGUUUUAUAAGCUCAAAUCACAGCUCCAGGGUGUAUCCCUCAGAAUUCAAACUUUGAAAUCAACACAAGCAAUGGGGGAGGCAAUGAAAGGUGUGACUAAGGCAAUGGGACAUAUGAAUAGGCAGAUGAACUUGCCAUCAUUGCAGAAAAUCUUACAAGAAUUUGAGACACAGAAUGAGAGGAUGGAAUUGAUUACAGAGGUGAUGGGAGAUGCAAUAGAUGAUGCUUUGGAAGGGGAUGAGGAAGAAGAAGAAACAGAAGACCUAGUGAACCAGGUUCUUGAUGAGAUUGGAAUUGACAUAAACCAAGAGCUUUUGAGUGCACCAUCAACUGCAGUUGCUGCCUCAGCUGCAAAGACUAAGGUGCCUCAAGUUGAAACUGUUGGGAAUGAUGAUGCCACGAUAGAUAGCGAUUUGCAGGCAAGGUUAGACAAUUUAAGAAAAAUGUAAUCUUCAUUCUGAUAUAGGGAUUCCAGUUAUACUGGGAAAACUGGAGCUCAUUUGUGACAUAUAUGCAGUGUAACUGUGUUAGUAAUGAGCUGUAGAAUUCAUGAUUAUGAACAAAUUGGAUUUUAUUUAUUUUAAUUUGCCUGUUCUGUGUCACUGUUGAUUCCCUAAGCUGUGAGUCCUUUUUUGGUUACAUUUUAUGGGGCAGAAAAUUUUUCUUAAGACUUUUUGCAAGUUGUACAAACUCUUAUGAUGUUCUAAAAUCUAAACUAAUGCUUGAAUAAUGCUUUGUCGAAACAAUUUGU